AGCUUUUGGGGGGAGGGAAGGGAAAGCUAGCAGCUUGGUACUUUGACGCUUGAAUCUUAUAAAGCUACGGGGUUUCCUCUUUAUGACGAAUAAGUAUGGACCCACCUUUGCUGCAGCUUACACUUGCACAUAGCACGGCCUCCGUUUCUUCCUUGACUGACAGCUACAUCGUCUACACCUAGAAAGUUUCCUGUUUGUGAACAUGAGAAUGCCUCGAUGGGUGCCAGGACCUCGAAAGAAGGCCGACGCGUCUCCUGAUCAUGAGACGUCGGACCCGUCUGCACCCACUCGCAAUCAGCUGCCGAUGCUGCACUUGGCCGACACUGCGCGGAACAAUCUCGUUGCCGGGGUGGGUGAAUUCGUGGGCACGUUCUUGUUCCUGUUCUUCUCCUUCGCGGGCACGCAGGUCGCCAACACCCCCAAGCCGGCCGACGGCGCGCUCCCGAACACGUCCAAUCUGCUAUACUCGGCGCUGUGCUUUGGGUUCUCGCUCAUGGUCAAUGUGUGGGCCUUCUACCGGGUGACGGGUGGAUUGUUCAAUCCUGCGGUCACUCUGGCACUCUACCUGGUAGGCGGGCUGAAGCCAUUCCGGGCGGUGACGGUCUUUGCAGCCCAGCUCAUAGGCGGCAUCGCGUCUGCGGGGGUAGUCAGCGCCCUGUUCCCCGGCUCGCUGAACGUGGCCACCCGAUUGGGUGGGGGCGCUUCCAUCUCGCAGGGGCUGUUCAUCGAGGUCUUUUUGACGGCCCAGUUGGUUUUCGUGAUUAUCAUGCUGGCCGUGGUCAAGCACAAGUCCACCUUCUUGGCCCCGGUGGGCAUUGGGCUUGUCUUCUUUGUGACGGAGCUGGUUGGCGAUUACUACACCGGCGGCUCCCUCAACCCGGCGCGCUCCCUCGGCCCUGAUGUCAUCAACCGUAGCUUCCCCGGCUACCACUGGAUCUACUGGGUGGGACCCCUGCUGGGCAGUCUGCUAGCGUGCGGCUUCUUCGCCUUCCUCCAGCUGUUCCAGUACCAGUCCGUCAACCCCGGUCAGGACUUCAACGAGUGGGAGGCCAAGCUGGGCCCCGGCUCGUGGGAUUCCUCGAUGCAUCGACCCUCGGUGCUCUCCGAAGGCAGCACGCUCGGGCGCGCGCAUUCCCCGACGAGUGGACGGUACCCUGUCUCGGGACAGAAUAUUCCUCAUGGGGCUGAGCAGGUUUAAGCAUGGCAGUAAUGGUGAUCCGGCCGGCCCGGCAGCGCUUAGUUCGGCUGAUCCAUGGUUCGGACCCUACCCCCGCGCUGUCGGUGUCAUAGGUAUCUGGUCCACCCACAUGGUGCAAUAAUGACGGAUCGAGUAUGUGGGGACCGUGCUGGGGUCUUGGAUGGAGGAUGGGUGGCAGCUGCGUGUUGGGUGAUUACCCGUAGAUAUGAAGUCUGGUUGUGGCCCUUACUCAGGUUAGGGAUCAAUUGCGGUUUUAGCUGGGCCUGUUGAGAGAUGGCA